CUCAUAAAGAAGUGAAGUCAGUAAAAGGAAUCGAGUUUCCCAUCACGAGAGUGGAAUACUGUAGAGGCGUCUGUCCUGGAAUGUGCGCGCGCCCCCAAUGCUCGCGCGCGCGGCCCCCGGCAGGUCUGCUGGGAGCGCGAGGAGGCAAGACGACGUUGGAGCGGGGAAUGAUGGCGCUGAGCUGGGAGAAGGGACAACUUUGAGACGAACAAACGGCCACGUCCCAGGACCAGCUGUCGGCGCUUGACGCCAUGAAACAAGUCGGAGAUGCUGUCGCCCUGUGUGUUUAGUUGAAGAAGCUCCGUGGGACCCAUGGCCCUGUCUGUGUUGAGGUGAAGAGGGAAUAAUUCCAUUUCAAAUUGUGCGGCGGCUUCAAAAAACCUGGCAACAUGAUCCAAGCAGAAAGUAAAGGAGGCGAGAGGACCCUCAGGAGCGCGUCUCCUCACAGAAAUGCAUACAAGUCUGACUUCCACGCCAUCAAAUGCUCCUUUGAUGGACAAAAACCUGAAGGUGCUGCCAAGUCCUAUGCAAAUGGCUCCAGCGACAGCCGUGAGGACUCCCGGGGGAGGCCUUUCGGCACCAGAGUGAACAAGAUCAAGAACAUAUUUCUACAGAUGGAUGGUCAGCAGCAAGAAGGCCAAGAUGUGAAAGCGACAGUCAAGUCUGAGACUCUCCAAGUGUCUCCACCCAAGCUACAGCUUCCAGUCAGCACGCACAGAGUUAACUUCAACAGCCCUACAAGCGCCGAAUCUCUCAAUUUAGAUAAAACUCCCAAAGGAGAGGAUGUGGAGAUCGACAAAGUGGCUUUGGCAGAGAAGUUUUCCGUAACUAGGAAACUAUUUGAAAGGGGCAUCACAGAGCAGCCUGUUGUUGACAAGCAGUCGCUAAGCCGCGUUGUGAAUCGCCUGUCGCUCGGAAGUGCCUCUGAUGAGGGAAAAGGCACACGGAGAGCGUCGGGAUCCUCAGAGACGUUCAAAUCUGAGCAAACGCCUGUAUCGGGAGUUAAAUGUAGAGCGGACGCUGAUAAUGAGAAAAAGAAUGUGUCGAGAGUGUCGCUAAAUGCAGGGCCCAUGUCAAAGAGGCUGGAGAAUUACAUGGCUGGGAAUGACUCAGAAGAUAACAACAUGACUGCUGCCAGAGGGGGAAUGAUGACUGCUAAAUCUGACAGUAUGACUGAACACUCGCCGACAACUUCUCCGUCAAGAGGCGGCUUACACAAACCCACCUCGCCUUUCAAGGUGGCUGCUAACUCAUCACCUGUAGCUGACGGCACCAACAAAAGCACACCUGAUGCGACAUGCUUUGUUCACAAAACAGCAUCCUCAGGGUCUGAGCGUAAAGCAACAUUCCCAGCUACUAGUGCAGCUUACAAAUCCCUUUCUCCGACGAGUGAUCCAAAACCGGCAUCACCCGAGCCAACGAGCCCAGUGGGCCAAGCGUACAAGCGACACUCCUCCGGGGAUGGAUUGUGUCAGGCUGUUGCUGUACCCCCAAGUGACGUGAAGCAGCAUAGAUCGGGGUUUGAGAACAAUUACACGACCAAAUACACCGAAAUAGCUAAAAGUCCAGCAAGGGAAAAGACAUCUAGCCACACCUCAUCCAUUGGCUCAAAAGGGGCGGGCAUGGUACGGGCAGAACUUGUAGUGGUUCAGAAUGAGUCUUCCGAGAGUGAGGACAAUGACGAUGACGUUGAAGAUGCUGUUUUUGUUGUGCCCAAAUACCCAACCAAAGAUGUAACAAGGAAAUUUCAACCUGACAAACAGAAUAGGGACAUUCCUGUAGCAGGCGGGUAUGACAAAGCAAUAGAGUCUGUCUCAGAUGGCAACGUGCAACCUGGCCUUAAAGAGGAGCAUAAAGAUGAGCAUGAAGAGAAGGCACUGGAGGAGCACGCUGAGAAGAGUGUCGUGAACGGAGCUCCUGUGUAUGGUAUUGAGAAUGCAGCCUUUCAGGAUGAUAAGGAUGUAGACCAGGUCCUCAUGGAAGAAGAAGAAGAAGAAGAGGAGGAGGAGGUGCACGAGGAGGAGGAGGAGGAGGAGGAAGAAGAAGAAGAAAUGUACAGGGAGUAUGAUGACUAUUAUGAGGCCCCUGGACUGUCUGAUGAAGACGGACCUCCUGCAAAGAGGAAAAUCAAGUUCUCUACAGAACCCAUUCUGGUCUUCAGCACUUUCUCUAAUGAGGAGUAUGAUCGACGCAAUGACGACGUGGACCCUGUUGCAGCAUCUGCAGAGUAUGAACUGGAGAAGAGAGUGGAGAAAAUGGAUGUAUUCCCUGUGGAGAUUGAGAAAGGAGACAAUGGCCUUGGCAUCAGUAUCAUCGGAAUGGGGGUGGGAGCGGACCAGGGUCUGGAGAAGCUUGGUAUUUUUGUAAAAACCAUAACAGAGGAGGGGGCAGCUGAGCGAGAUGGACGCAUCCAGGUGAAUGACCAGAUAGUGGAGGUGGAUGGUGUUAGUCUGGUGGGUGUCACCCAGCUGUUUGCUGCCACUGUUCUCAAGAACACCAAAGGCUCAGUGAGGUUUCUGAUUGGUCGGGAAAAGCCUGGAACACAGAGCGAGGUAGCCCGCCUGAUAAGUGAGACGCUGGAGCAGGAGAGGAACCAGCAGCAGCAGCAGCAACAGAAGCAACACCAUCACCUGGAUGACCCCUAUGAACACUCCACAGAGGAGGAGGAGCGCUACGAGGACGAGGACACAGCGGAUGAGCGGAUUCUUGGCUCCAAUUUUUCUCCAGGGCGGAACGUGGAGGUAUUUGAGCUGCCUGAUUCAGAGGCCUUGUUUAUGCCAUCCAAUAUGGACAGCUCUCAGAUGGCCUUCAAGUUUAAAGAGCUGCAGCUCAAACACAGCAUUGCCUCGGCUGAAAUUAUUAAAUUAAAGGAAAAGCUCAGAGGAUUGGAGGAGGACAAGUCAUUGUGGGAAGCCAGAGAGUCUGCAUUGGAGCAAAAAAUUGAGGAGAGCAAUGGAAAAAUACUCAAGUUGGAGACUUACUGGCUCGAAACCCAGGCGCUGUGCAAGACAAUUAACGAACAAUUAGCAGAAACCCAAGCCCAGCAUGAGACCCUGGACAAGAAGUACAACAAGGCUAAGAAACUUCUAAAAGACUACCAGCAGAAAGAAAUAGACUUUGUGAAGAAGGAGGAAGAGCUGAAGAAGGGUAUUGAUGAAAAAGAAAGGUGCUACAUGGAACAGCUGGAUAGAUUGCAGAAUCGGAUAGUUGUCCUGGAGUCUGGGGAUGGUCCAUGUGUGUCUCGGAAGACUACUCAGAUCACAGCAGAAGACAGCCUUCUUUCCCAAGUCCCAGUCCCUGAUAAACAAUCUUGUGACUCAGUUGCAGAGAAAGACUGGAGCGAGCUGGUCCCGGAGACGGAGCUGCUGGAUAUCAGUGCACACAAAGCAAAAGGCAUGCUGGCCCAGAAGGCUAAACGCCAGCGUCCUUCUCGAAACAAAAUGAAGGAGAGUCUCACGGUGACCUCCAGCCCCUCCCAGGAAACCGAAGAGGAGGAUGACCAGGAGGAGCAGGAACCUCGGAGGAGGAGCUCUAUCCAGGAGAGCCUGUCUCUCCCAGUGCCUGUCUGCUAUCCUGGGAAUGAACAAAAAGAUGAUCCGGGGGAGACUAAAGAUGAAUCCAAGAGCACGGCUGAGCUCUCCAGCAGCCCGUCCUUGUCCCCAUCACAGGGGGGUAGCAUUGAAAGCAGUGCAAGUCCCGCUUUGUCUCCUCUAAAUGACGCAUCUCCAACAUCCCCCUCUGGUUUAAUGCGUAACGUGAAGAAGAGGGAGUCGAAAGGCAAGGAAAAAGUGCUCAAAGAUGAGUUAAUUGAACCCACAUCAGCUACAAAACCCAAAAGACGAUUUCCUGACUUUGGGGGUCUUCGGAAGUCGGGUGGCAAAGGAAAAAAACAUGACAAGGAGAUGAGAAUGUCUUUGGACAGCAGGGGUUCGGCAGAGUUACUGGAAGACUCUGGUAACGUGUCUCCUGCAGAGUCAAUGACCUCCAUCCCAACCUGUAUGCCCUUCUCUUGGUUUGGAGACAAAGAGAAGGACCGAGACAGGGAGCCGUCUUCCUCGAGCAGCAGCCUGCCCUACGCUGAGACCAGCAGUGAGCAAAGCCAGGAUCGCAAGAACAAGACAAAUCUCUCCUGGUCUUCUUUAUUCAGUCGCUCAUUAGAUUUGAGUUUGUCAGUCAUAGAUGAUUGUAACCCUGCCAGUCCCAGUUCAGACAUCUCUGGGUUAGUGGCAGAACCCAAUCUGUCUGGGCGCUCACACACUUUAAUCUUCUCUUCCAGUGAGACGCUGGACGAUGACCCCGUGGCCACAGGAAAGGAAUAUCAAUGGCAGAACCGACCUGUUUGUGAAUGGACCAAUCAGCAGGUGUGUCACUGGUUAAUGGGCAUGAACAUGGACCAGUACACACCUGAAUUCAGCGCAAAGGGAGUCGAUGGCCAGCAACUUCUGCAGCUGGACAGCGACAAGUUAAAGGUGCUCGGGGUGUGCAGUCAGAGCGACCGAUCCACCAUCAAGAAGAAGCUGAAGGAAUUACGCAAGGCUCAGGAGAAGCUGGAGAAGCAACGAGAGAAAAGAGAGAAGGAGAUCCGGCGUAGCGGACGACUGCCGGUCAGUACCGACUCUGUGUGCUGAACUGAACAAGCUGCUGUGCACAAACUUUGUGACCCACGAAGACGUGGAGAAAGUCGGUUUUCUCACACCAAUAGUGCCCACGCUGAGCGGACUACGGUGCCAGCUGUGUUUUUUUGUUCAUCCUUAAGCCCCUGUCCUUUCUGCCACAUGUUAACACUAACUAAAAAAAUCCUUUUAAUCAUGAGAUUAAGGUCCGAAAGAUCUGCAUCAUUUUUUUUCACCACUAUAAAGUUGCAAGCAGAAAAUAUAAAGUCUGUUUUCAGAUAUAUUGUGCACAUUUUUAUGAAAGUCCAAUGUGUAUUGCUUUUGCAACAUGUGAUAUUUUUGCGAGCAUAACUUUGCUGUUUUAUGUCCAACUUUGUAUUGUACAGUCAAGUCAAGAGCACUAUAUUUGUCUUUUAAGCUUCCAUGAAUGACAAGGUUUUAAAUGUAGAAACACCUUUUAUACAUGUGCCAACUAUCUGCUUUACAUUUUGCAUUGAAAUAUUGUUGCUUUUAUACUUUCUAAUGUAUUCUACUAAGUAGAAUAGUGAAGACCAGACAAAUACAAAUAAAAGGGGUUGGGGGGGUGGACCGAGUGAGCGAGUAAGCGAGCGUUGCUUCUGUCCCUAAAUGUGGGGCUUAAGACAGCACCACCAUGGUCCAUGAAAACAAACACCCGGUGCCAAACACACACAUGCCUCACUGGUCCGCUGGACGGUAAAGACGUGCCUAUGACGAGGACUGUGUGAACAAGGACUGCUCACAGCCAAGUGAUUGUCUCUGCUGUGACGAAACCGCAAGAAAACUUUGCUUUCAUCUUUGGAAUCAGAGAAACACUUCUUGGUACAAACAGCAUAAAUAAACCCAUUUUAACAAUU